GAUAAAUUCUAACAUUUACUUACCUUAGCUCCAAAGAAAGAAAUAAUUCACCAAACUGUAAAAAACCAACACUAAUAAGUUCGACGGCGGUGGAGGGCCCGGCCAAUACGACACCGUAUCAAUUCAACACAGUACAUCACAGUAAAACCUUGUUGAUCCGACAAUUCAAAAACUGGUAGUUCAGAUUCCUAAAAGUAAAAUCAAACAAAAAAAAAAAAAGAUGCAAAAUUGGUUUUCAGGUGGUGAUGAUAAUUCUUCAAAUGGAUUGCCGAAAUCGUUGUCGGGAACAUCAUCGUCUUUGUUAGCAGACUGGAAUUCAUAUGCUGCUUCUUCUAAUAAAGAUGUCAGUAGCUCUACCAGUCUUGUUGCUUCUUUCGAUAUCGAGUCGGCUGUUCGUUCUGCAAACGACACCGUUUCCGGCACUUUUAGUGUGAUGUCUAGGGGAGUGAGUAACAUACCUGGAAAUUUGCAGUCUGCCACCAGUAAUAUCCCUUCAGGAAAAUCUCUCAUGUAUUUUGGCCUUCUCCUUGCAUCUGGUGUGUUCUUCAUUUUUAUGGCGUUUACCGUUUUCCUUCCUGUGAUAGUACUAGUACCACAGAAAUUUGCUCUCUGCUUCACGGUUGGAUGUGGCUUUAUAAUUGGGUCAUUCUUCGUGCUCAAAGGCCCAAAGAACCAGUUUCUGCAUAUGACAUCAACAGAGAGACUUCCUUUCACAUUGGGAUUCAUAGGCAGCAUGGUUGGUACCAUUUAUGUUUCCAUGGUUCUUCAUAGCUACAUCCUUUCUGUGUCCUUUGCCGUAAUUCAGGUUCUUGCUCUUGGUUACUAUUGUAUUUCAUACUUUCCUGGUGGAUCGACAGGGAUGAAAUUUCUAACAUCUUCUUUGACUUCCUCGGUCAUGAAAUGUUUCGGGCAGUGACGGCCACAUGAUCAAACCCUUGUAAUUGUUUAGUCUUUUAUACUUUUUGAAAUGAAACCCCUCUAUAGUAACCAACUUUAAUUUUGAGAUGAGUUGAUAUGUUUUUCUUUUUCAACAUUUUAGCUCGUGGCAACUUGAGACUUUGAUUGGUCAAAUACGUAAAAUGUGAAUGAAUUAUAUCCUAAUUGUUUCUUUCAAAUUUGUCA